AUGGGUAGGCUGUUUCAACUGCAAGAAUACUGCCUACGGGCUAUGGGGCAUAAGGAUGACAUGGAUAGUACCGAUAGUACCGCACUCAGCUUGAAGCACAUUAGCUCCCUGAUCUUCGUAAUAUCGGCGCAGUAUCCCCUGAUCUCUUAUGUCGCCUACAACCGCAAUGACAUGGAAAAGGUCACGGCAUGCCUCAGCGUGGUGUUCACCAAUAUGUUAACGGUUAUAAAAAUUUCUACAUUUUUGGCAAACAGAAAGGACUUUUGGGAAAUGAUUCACCGCUUCAGAAAAAUGCAUGAACAGUCAGCAAGUCACAUUCCUAGGUACCGAGAGGGAUUGGACUACGUUGCCGAAGCCAACAAACUAGCAUCUUUUCUAGGAAGAGCAUAUUGCGUGUCCUGCGGCCUAACAGGACUCUAUUUUAUGCUGGGACCAAUUGUGAAAAUUGGGGUUUGCCGUUGGCAUGGCACAACAUGUGACAAGGAGUUGCCCAUGCCAAUGAAGUUUCCAUUUAACGAUCUGGAAAGCCCCGGAUACGAAGUUUGUUUCCUCUACACCGUACUAGUCACUGUCGUCGUUGUUGCCUACGCCUCGGCAGUCGAUGGCUUAUUUAUUUCGUUUGCCAUUAAUCUGCGAGCUCAUUUCCAAACACUGCAGAGGCAAAUUGAAAACUGGGAGUUUCCUUCAUCAGAACCAGACACACAGAUCAGGCUGAAAUCAAUCGUUGAAUACCACGUGCUACUCCUAUCCCUAUCCAGGAAGUUACGAUCGAUAUACACACCCACCGUUAUGGGGCAGUUCGUCAUAACCUCCUUGCAGGUUGGCGUUAUAAUAUACCAACUAGUGACUAACAUGGACUCUGUCAUGGAUCUCUUGCUGUAUGCAUCGUUUUUUGGUUCAAUCAUGCUGCAAUUAUUUAUCUAUUGCUACGGCGGUGAAAUCAUCAAGGCUGAGAGUCUACAAGUCGAUACUGCUGUUCGGCUCUCCAAUUGGCAUCUGGCUUCUCCCAAGACACGUACAUCUUUGUCAUUGAUCAUUCUUCAGUCUCAAAAGGAAGUGCUUAUUAGGGCUGGCUUCUUUGUUGCAUCUCUGGCUAAUUUCGUUGGGAUCUGUCGAACAGCCCUAUCGUUGAUUACCCUCAUCAAAUCUAUUGAGUAA